GUUUUUAUAAGUUAAUUGAAUAUUUAAAAUGCAAUUUUAUGCAUUUCAUAACUCAUUUAAUAGUAUACUUGCAAGAGAAAUUAAAAGUAAUUUGUAUGAACCAGCUUCAAGCUUAUUUCUAGCUGUUUCUAAUUUUUAUGAAUUGAUUACAGGGCUAUUGUCCGUGGGCAAUUUGUUACAGAGAUGGAGCUUUGUUACCAGCAAAUAGAGACUUAGGAGUCAUUAUGUUCAAAAAUGAAUAUUAUGGAUUCUGCAAUAGAGAAGGACGUAACGAGUUUUUGCAUAAUCCUGAUUCAAUGAUAGCAGGUGUUGUAAUGGUAGCCAAAAAACAUCCAUCUUUGAUAUUGUUUUUACAUUUAAACAGUCGAUUUAUUCUUCCAUUUUUAAAUCAUGAGUCAAUUGAAAAAGAAAAACCAGUAUUUACUUCAGAAUGUGAAACUCAAACUGAAAGUAGUUUAAUCAGAAAAGUUAAAUCUCCAAAAUAUAAGUGGAAUGAAUGGGAUUUCAGAAGAGAAGCUUUACAACUUGCAAAUCUGCAGAAAAAGCAGACCCAUUCUACACAGAGUGAACAAAGUUAUUUUUGCCGCGACAACUGUACCCAGACUUUUCCACCUAAAGAUAAUUUCUGUCAGACUAAACGAGACAAUUCAACAACAAUGAGUAAAUAUUCUUUAAGUAACCAUCUUCCUCUGUGAAUAUAAAUAAUAAACAAACAGAUUAUUCUCUUCAAAUAAAUUUCUAUUGAAAAUUGUCAAAAUUUGUUAAACAAUAAAUAAAAAUAAAAAGUCUUUUACAAAUGA